GACCGCGCAUUUACAUUUUGUUUUUGUUUUCCAACCGGUACAGAAGUUCCUUGCCGAAUAGUUCAUAGAACAAGGCUGAUAAAAUGGAAAAUGAAGAGAAAGACUAUCUAUUGGCCAAAGAAAUGCAGAAGCAGUUCGAUAAAGAAUCUCUGGAAAUAAGUUCCAGUGAGGAAGAUGUGCUGAUUGUCGAUUCUGUUGAGCGGGAUCACCAAAUGGCGGUGCGUCUUCAUUUACAGUACCAGGCCGAGACAGUGGAACUGUUCUCCGAUAGUGAUGAUGAAGUAAUACUACAAGCAACGGAAACGGAAACCAUCAUGCCCUCAAAGAUAGCUAAGAAAAGAAGGUCACCAGUGGUGGAAAGACUUAUAAACAAUAAUUCCUUAGCAGAACCCAAACUGUUCAAAGCAGAGCCCAGAGAUCUGAACAGCGACGAAUUUUUCAUAGAUGAGCUGCAAGUAUAUGUGAAUCCAGAGUACAACUUCGAGUGGAAAUUUAUCGACGUUCUACCGGACAUAGCAGCUAUAUUCACCAAAUUCGACGCAUUAUACUUCCAGUCUCGUUUCAAAAACAAAAAAAUGACUAUUGUCUGGUCCGAUAGCAUGGGUAGCUCCUGCACCAAUAGAAAUUUUAACGACGACGAAGGUAGAUAUACCAUUGCACUGAAUGGGCCACUGCUUACACUACGUCCUCGCAUCGAAAUCAUCAGUAUUGUUCUGCAUGAGAUGAUACACGCACUACUGAAAAUGGAGGGCGUAAAAGAACCUAACAGUGGGCACGGUGAAAAUUUUCGUAAAAUUAUGACAUUUUUGAACAAAAUGCUUCUAACGAACAUUUCGUUCAAUCACAAAUUAUUCAACACGAAUCUUGCCUGCAGAAAUCAGUGGUAUCGCUGUACUGGUAUUUGUCACAACUAUGACCCCUUUUAUGGAAUCGUACGGUCGAUUGACGGUCCGCCCGGGUUGCAAAACGAAUGGUGGAAGACGCAUGCCGACAAUUGCGGAGGUACUUUUUACAAAAUAUACGAAAUGAGCAAGAUGGUUUGCGGCGAAGUAUCGACACGGUACGCUGUUAAUGUGAAGUACAUGGUGCCGAAGCGCAGUCUAAUUCGUUGCCGAUUCAAAUCAACCCUGCCCGCAGAAGUAUCUAUAGAUCUGACCUCCGAUGUACCAAAAACCACUUCUGCCAUCACACUCGACACAGUCAACGUCGAUGCGGAAGAUUGUGCGGCAACUCCAGUGAAUACAACAACCGCGGAUGCAUUUAUUAAGCAAUUUGAACGAUCGAUUGCAUUUACCCGCGAUGACUGCGAUAUGUUAUGUCCAAUCUGCCAGGAACGCAUAAAGCGCAAACUUUUUAGCAACCACAUCGAUGGCUGCAAAGGCUUUGUUCGUAUGGUGCAAUGGAAAAAAUCAGCCACCGGAACCAUCGUGCAAAAUGGGUUGCUAGAACUUAAAUCAUCUCCUAGCUUAGAACAGCAUUCAAGUUCAGUACGAAGGCCACGUCCUUUGUCGGAUUCGUCUACUCCUUCAUCGUCUACAUUCGCAAGCUAUCAACAGGCCAAGCGAAAGCGCUUUGGUUGAAGAGAUUCGAGCGUCCAGGACCAGAGAAUCAGUAUUCCGUUUCAUGAAAUUCCUACCUUUUGUGGGCACCUUAAGCUUAAGCUUUCCCUGUCAUUAUGUAUUUUGUAUCCCAUGAGCUCGUUGGAAAUAAAUUUUAAGUUUUUUUUAACGUUUAAUUUUUUUAUGAAAUUUUUUGAAAUAAACAAAUUCACCCAAGUAUGAAAUUUACUUGCUCAUGGCAACACGGCCGCACAAUGUUGACAACUGAUUGUUGUGACGUGUUCGACGGUGGUUAAACAAAAAUGUUGUUUCAAUUUAAAAUCAUAUUAAUUCAUGAACAUUUUUGUAAUACCUAAUAUUAUUCAAAAGCAUGUGAAGCCAAAUAUUUAGCAUUUCGGGUAUACCA